GCUGCGUUCGUGCGGUUCGUUGUGCUUAUCAUAUAGCCACAGGUGUUUCGGGCACUCAAGUUCCUUUAUAGUUUGAUAAAAAUAUAUCAAAAUACAUACAUACAAAAAAUAUUGUUGUUGUGUGAAUUCUAAAUUACAGUGUAAAUGCACUUGGAGGCAGCAAAUGUUCUAUUAAUCACACGGCGCUCCGCAGCAGCAGUUUAAGUAAAACAAAUAAACUCAGCACAAUGCGGUCCAACAUAGUGAUGGCGCGGCGGCACCAUCAUUGUCUCCUAUUGCUUUUACUCCUCACGCAAGCGUUCCUAAUCUGCUCGGCGCUACCCGCCGCAUCCAAUACGCUUGCCGCACAAAGUGGUGCUGGAUUAAGCUCCACCAGCAGCAACAACAAUGUCAGUGGCAACAGUGCCGUUAGCAAUAGUAAUACAAAUAGCAAUAGCAACAACAAUGCCGUAGGAAAUCCCAAUGUGAGCAUAAAUAGUGGCAGCAAUAUUGCGAGCAACGUCACUGUUAGCGGCAACUCUAUAAGCAGCAGCGGUAGCGGCGGCCUAGCCGUCGGCACGGGCGGCAACAAUAUCGAUUUGCUCAGUGCAGCUGGCACAAGUGCGGUCGGUAUCGGUGUGCCUGGUGGCGGCAGUGGCAACAACAGCAACAUUAUCGUAUUGCCUAGAGAGAAGUUGUAUGAAAAGUGCACUGGGCCAGGUGAUCCGGGUCCUUGCAAGCAAUACAUUUACAAAUGGCGUUACGAACCGCUCUCCAACGAGUGCACCACCUUCAUUUGGGGCGGCUGUGAUGGCAAUCCGCAGAAUCGUUUCAAUACAGAGGCCGAGUGCUUGUAUCAUUGCAUUGGAGGACCACACACAUUACCGCCUUUUCUGCGUUCCACCACCAGCGAACCCAGCACCACCGAGUCAACACAGCAGUUGUCAUCCAACACUGCGGGACCUGUGUAUGGUGGCGGCGAUGCUUCGGACUCCAGCCCCGUGCCUUUCGAUCAGCGUGGUCCUGAGCUAACGUUUGCCGAAACAGGUCAGGAGAAAACAUUCGUCUUUGCCAAGAAUAACACAUUCAUCCAAAUGGACGGUGACAUUAUACAAACAUUUCAAUUAAGACUUUGUCGAGAGAUCUCAUUUCAAUUUCGAACGCGUCUACCACACGGUCUACUCGUCUAUCAUAACGUAAAAAAUCCGGAUCGCAUUAAUUUGGACCCUUAUGCGCUAUAUGUGAUUGUCGAAAAGGGGCAACUGAAGGUCGUGCACGUUUUUGGAAAGCACUCAACAAGCGUUACCGUGGGUGAAGGACUCAAUCGCGACGAAUGGCACAGUGUGAUGGUACGCAUCGAUGUCCAUGGCGCAAGAUUGAUUGCACGCGUUGACAACAGUCAAGAGGAAGUUUACCUGAAGGGCUUGAACCACGACACAAACUAUGGAGUGUCGACGAAUCUGCCGUCUGUGGUGCUGGUCGGAGGUCUUUCAUCGGAGGAGAAACUGCAUGGCGUCAAGUAUAUCAUUGAAUCAUUUGUGGGCUGCAUCCGAAAUGUGGUGCUGAGUUCGGGGAAGGCAGCAUCCGAUUUGCUGCCCAUCGCACCGCUGGUGGCCACCAAGCACGAGAACGUCAAUGAGGGCUGCUCCGACAAAUGCUAUUCCAGACACAAUUUGUGUUUUGUGGGCUCCCGUUGUAUUAAUCACUAUUAUGACAUUUCAUGCGAUUGCUUUGGCACUCCCUAUGAAGGCGAGCACUGCGAUAUUUACACGGCAACGAUAAUGACUCUACGUGGCUCCAGCUAUGUCUCGUAUCGCAUUUAUGACUGGAAGGACCGAGUGCACUCCUCGAACACCCGCAUCAGCCUCAUGUUCCGCACACAGUUCGACGAUUCAGCGCUUUUCUAUGCCAGCGGCGAAUCACUCAAACAUCAAUACAUCGCCGCCUCGAUAAAAAAUCAAUCAAUUCAUGUGGAAAUGGAUUUCGGUGAUAACGUGCUGUCGACAGUGCUCACUGAUGAGUUGACACGUAGUAAUUGGCAUAAUUUAACCAUUCACCAUGAGCGACGCACAGUGCGCAUCAUACUUGAUCAGCAAAUGAAAGUGCUCGAUAUACCGGCGACAUCAAGCGCCAAUCUGCUAUUCGAUCCCGAAAUUUACUUCGGUGGCGGUCCCGAUUUACACAAGAAGAAGGGCUUGCUAUCGCAGAACAAUUUCGUUGGCAGCCUUAAGUAUGUCUACUAUAAUGAUGUAUCGAUUUUAUAUGAACUACAAAAGAGUAAUCCCAAAGUGCACUAUCACGGUGUCCUCGAGGCCGAAUUCCUAGAGAACGAAGUCAACGUCAUACCCAUUACGUAUCCGUUCGCAACAUCUCACAUUUGGUGGCCCAUAAAUCACGCCGAAGAAUUUAAUAUUAAAUUCGAUUUCCGGAGUAGUCGUACAGCAGCCGUAUUGGCGUAUAGUGAUGUGACAACAGCAUCCGGAAAUGGAUUUUGGGAGAUACGCCUCUCCUCGGACAAACUGAGUUUUGAUCUAGUGCCCGAUUUGGGCAGCAACCUCACCCACUCAACGGUGAUCAAAGUGAACAGAGCCACCUCUUGGCAUUCCGUUGAGCUGGACUACAAAGCGGGCGAAAUCACUUUCACCGUUGACUACCAUCUGCGGCAAAGCCAAAUGUUCGGCUUGACUUUUAAUAUCGGUGACAAGUUAAUUAUUGGCAGCAGUCUUAAGUCGGCCGCCUCUGGGCUGGUCGGUUGCAUACGCGACAUCGAAAUAAAUGGUCAUCUUAUCGAGCCACGACAUGUUGUGAAGACGGAACGUGUGGUAGGCGAGGUGGCAUUGGAUAACUGUAAUUACAUUGAUCCAUGCAAACGGCCGAAUACUUGCGAGCAUGGCGGCAAGUGUUUCGUGAAAGAUGAUCGUGUCACAUGUGACUGCAAACACACCGGCUACAUCGGCAAGAACUGUCACUUUACGAAAUAUCGCAAGACUUGUGAGGAACUAGCACUGCUUGGAUACACCAAAUCCGAUGUAUAUCUCAUCGAUAUUGAUGGCAAUGGUGUAUUUCCACCGGCGCAUGUUAAGUGUGACUUCCAGAGCUUGGAGAAUGCUACAAAAACUAUUGUCGAGCACAAUCUACCGAGCCAAGUUGAUGUGCGUUCGGCGAGCGAAAGUGAUUUUAGCUAUAAUAUUCGUUAUCGCGAAUUUUCACCAGACAUGUUGCAAGAAUUGAUCUCACAUUCUUUAUAUUGUACGCAGUACAUCAAGUAUGACUGUUAUAAGGCGCCGUUGGAGCUGCACUCGGCAACUUGGUUCACUUCGUCCGCCAAGAAUCUGACUGUGGAUUUUCUCGGCAACGCAAAGCGCGGUGCUUGCCCUUGCUCCAUCAAUAAAACAUGUGUGGACCCAAAUCAAUCAUGCAACUGUGAUGUGAAGGAAAACAAAUGGUACUCUGACGAGGGCUUCUACAAUGAACCGCACAGUCUUGGCAUAACGAAUAUGUACUUCUUGCAACAAAAAGACCUGGAGGAGGACUCACAAGGACGUAUUACGCUGGGGCCAUUAGAGUGUGUGGAAACAAACACCCAGAAGUAUGUUGUCACCUUUACCACAUCACAGUCAUACAUCGAAGUGCCCGGCUGGCGGAAGGGCGACAUUGCUUUCUCCUUCCGCACCACCGGCGAAAAGGCCAUACUGCUCUUUCAGCCACCCAUUCGUCCGAACCAUCCAUCCUUUAUGGUCGCACUCACCGGCGACUAUCAGCUGACAUUCAAUUUUACCCUCAGCACCGGCACGACAAGAGAACUGGUAAUUAACUCGCAUCGCAAACUGAAUGGCGGUGAAUGGCAUAAGAUUUGGAUCGACUACAAUGAGUAUCACGUGCGCUUUAUGAUAAAUACAGACUAUCAAAUGGUUGAUCUGCUGCCAGAGGAGGAAUUCGGACCAUUCGAGGGCAGCAUGUAUAUCGGCGGCGCCACAGCUGACCUGCUGAAGAAGCUCUCUGUUAAAGCUGGCCUAAUUGGUUGCUUCCGCGGCCUAGUCGUCAACGGCGAAAUACUCGACAUUUACAGUUAUAUGUCCGUACAUCUUUCAGAGAUAAUUAAAGACUGCAAGCCGUCAUGUGUGCCAUCACCGUGCAAAAAUGGCGCACAAUGCAAGGAACUAUGGAGUACCUUCCAGUGCGUGUGCAGCAACCCCUGGGCGCACAUCGGUGAAUUCUGCGAAACAAACAUCAACGAGAAGGCACUCACAUUCAUUACACGUGAGUCGUUCUUGAUGCGCAAUUACAUUAGCACACCCGCCGCUACGCCGCCCUUCCUGCCGGCCGCCUACUCCAUCUACGGCAUCAAUGAGGAACGGGACAUCAUCAAAGGCAUACUCGCACAAGACAUACUCAUCAACUUACGCACUUACGAUGCGAAUGCGCUAGUCUUGUAUGCAAACGAUCAUUACAACAAUUUCGUGCACUUGUAUAUUAGCUCCGGUCGCGAAAUUGUCUUCCUCUAUAAUUAUGGCGAUGCAAUUGUUAAUCUGACUAUAGUUGAUGUGUCCGUGAGUAGCCUGAAUAGCAUUCAGGUGGCCAUUGAGCGUGAGGAGCAACGCACCACGAUGCACGUGAACGAGCAGAGCGUGAGCGUGGAGAGAGGCAUGAUGCUGUUGGAUGAAUACAGCAACAAACCGUGGGUCAAUCCGGAGAAGGAGGUUCUCUCACCACACCGUCCACCCGCACCGCCAACUGAGUACUUCCAAUUUAAUAUUGGCGGUUAUGAUCCUGCGAAUUUGCUAAGGCCCAAUCUGGACGCUCCUGCGCUGCAGGGAUAUAUUGGCUGUGUGCGUGGCCUGAAAAUUGGCACAAAUCUAAUCGACUUGGCUGACAUCAACGAACGGAAUAUCUCGCCCACCAUGGAAGGUGUGCUGCCCAACUGCCAAAUCAAAUGUGACGCCGAGCCUUGCAAAAAUGGCGGCAUAUGUAAAGAGAACUUCGCCAAACAGGAGUCCACAUGCGACUGUGAGCACACCAGUUUUCUAGGUGAAUUUUGCAUGGAGGAGAAGGGUGCGGACUUUAGCGGCGAAUCAACAUUGUUGCGUAAAUUCGAGCUUACCGGCAAAGUGGACUACGUACGAUUGCAAUUGGCAUUCUCCUCGUUCGAUUUGCGGCGUGCCAACCGUGUGAUGUUGUUAUUGCAGCCGACCGGUGAUCGCAGUUAUUACCUGAUGGUAGCCAUUAACGCUGAUGGCCAUCUACUAUUCGAAGAGGACCGUGAAGGGCCGGCCGUUGGGGCGCACAUCGAUCGAAGUUUUCUGAAUAAUGCACGCCACUCCAUCUACUACAUACGCAAUGGCAGUGAGGCCACUCUGUAUAUUGACCGCGAAAAAGUGCCAUUGACAAAGAUACAGACACGUGCGCCGGUGCCAACGAGUGAUGUGGGUGGAAAUCGUGUACAAAUUGGUGGCAUCAAUACAACAGAUGCGAGAUUUGCUGUGUUCAAGAGUUAUAGCGGCUGUCUGUCGAAUAUUUACAUACAAGUGAAUAAUUAUGUGAUGAAACCGCUGGAGGAAUAUAUGCUCUUCACCAAAUCAGGCGCCGACAACAUAACUGUUAUUCACCCACAGGGUCUGCGCAGCGCACAGUGUAUAGCCAAAUUCGAUAUUUCGGAGCAGCCAUCACAGGAACCAAUGGUCAACGUGAGCUCGAGCGUCGAGACUUGGGUUGAAGAUCCGCCGCAACGCGUCCUUUAUGUAGCCAAAUUCGGUUAUGACGUUUCGGAGAAGGAGGACUCCACGCAAGUGGUAUUCAUAACGCUGACGUCGCUCUUCGUGAUUAUAAUCAUUUGCUGCCUAAUAGAGGUGUACCGCAGUCAUCGUGCCUAUAAGAAACGCAUCGAACGCCAGACCGACGAGGAUAUCAUAUGGUCAAAGGAACAAGCGACAAAAAUGCAUGAAUCGCCAGCUGUGGCGGGAACACAGUCUUACGCCUACAAAGUGUUGCCGCAGGAUGAAAAGAAGUCGGGAAAUGGCGCUCCGCUAGUGGGUAUUUUGAAAAAUGGCAGCGCAGCUGGCGCCGCAACAGUUGCAGGCACAGCAACGCCGGCUAAGGAGAAUGGUAGCACAAAGAAAAACGGAGAUAUACCACUGGGUCAGAUUGACGCGCGCAUCGAUGAAGAGGAUGAAGACGAUGACGAGGAUGCCGCAAAAGCAGAGGUAGACAAAAGCUUAGAUGAAGCCUUGGAGGCAGCGCAGCCUGAGAAACAAACGGAUGAAAAAGAGAUUAGUCAGAAAGGCGCUGAGGACACACUUGAGAAGAAAACUGCGAACGUAAACGAAGAAAAACCUGUAAGCAAUGCUGAUGCAAAUAAGAGUCCAAACGAAAAACCGAACGACGGCAAAGGUAAAGAGGAAAUAAAAGCUAAGGAUGAAAGUAUCGAACUCUCGAAACAAGAUAAACUCAACGCAACGGCGCCGAAGCAAAAUGAAGAAGCUAGCCAAGUGGCGCCAAAAAGCACCGAGACUCCUUCUCCAGCACAGCAGCAAAAUCUAGAGAAAGAGACUCAAACACCUGCCCAAAUAGAUGGUGAUUUGACGGACGGAACACCGCAACAGACGAAGCCUGCGGCCACAAAUGGUGCAACGGCGAACGGCCACGGCACGCAAAAAACCCCACUACAACCACAACAACAGUCAUUGCAAGCCAACGCAACACGCGUCGAACGCAAGCCGUCGGUUAAACGGCAAGUGUCGUGGGGACCACCGACGGUGGCAGAAGCGGAUGCGGAAACGCUCAAACUCACCAUCACAGCACCCGUCUACAAACAAAACGGCUACUACGGCGGCAGCACCAACACAAGCAACAACAAAAACAAUGCAAAUUGCGCGACAAUGACAUGAAAUUGGCGCGAGAGCCACGCACUCGCAUACACAACAACAACAAAAUAUGCAAACAAUUUCAAAAAAUACAUAAAGACAUUAAGUAAACUGCUCUAUAAAUAGUUUCAUACAAACGCAUCAUCGUACAUUUAUAUAUGUAAGGCAAACAAGUGGAAACGGAAAGUCAUAGAGAUAUUAUAUGGUUUAAGAUAAUUAAUAUAGCUGCCGGAUAACUGGCGCAUUGCGAAAAAUGUGUUAACUAGCAUAAAGAUGAUUAUGCUCAAUUUUUUACAACAAAAAGUAGUUUUAAAUUUGAUUUUGGUUUGUAUUAUGAUAACAAUAACACAACUUAUACACAAUAAGACAUAGGAAUACAGACAUACAUGCAAAUGUAUUGAGAUACGGAUAUAAGUAUAUAAAAUCGAAAACCUGAGAAAAUGAAAUGGAGCCCCACAUUAUCCACAUUGCACUCACUUUAGCAGAUUUUCUUAAGCACACAGGAUAUACAUAUAUUACUAUGAUUUAUGUUAAUUGCUUUAUCCCGAUAAGUUAGUAAAUGGAGUUUUUAGACCUGUAGUUUUCAAGAAGAAAGAAAACGCUUAUAAUUUUAUGUUACGGCAAAGAAUUUAGCUUUAUUAUACAGCUAAGAGAUCGGUAUUCUGUUUUAAAAAGGUUUUCGGGCAAUAAGUGCCGCGGUUGUCUGAAUAAAUUCCAAUAAACCCUAAUUUUGCAGCAAUUAAUUAAUGAUCAGUAAUAACUCGCCAAAUCAUCUCUCUACUGACGUCAAGGAUCUCAGGAUUAUCGGCGUAAACAAGCGACUUCACAUAAUCGCACAAAAAAUCAGUGUUAAAUCGCACAAUCUCACAAAGUUUCCUUUCAUAAUACUGUAGGGCAUGUAGCGCUAUUUUAUUUUAAUCCAAGUUCGUCCACCUCAGGUUAGGUUGGGUUAAGGCGUAAGUAGGGUAAUAUUUUUUCAAAAAAAUUUUUGUUUUUUGCAUUUUCUGUUCCCUUAUACGCUUAGAAUUAAUGUAGAAACCCGCUUUACCAUUGGAAGGUUUCGAAAAAGGCCCAAAAAUAAUAAUACCGCUCGACGUGCGGAGCGCUCGCAGAGCACACCUCUAACUGGCGAAUAUGAUUCCGGUCGAACAACUCAACCGAUUUGCUUAAUUUUUUUUUUUACAUGUUCACAAAACGCCUGGCUAUCGUCCCUAUUUAUUUUAUAAUUUAUUGACAAUGUUAUGACAAAAUUUAUGUAAAAAAACAUGGGGAAAAAUAAAAAUAAAAAUGUUAAUUACCUUUUUAUUUAUCAACAUUUUUUCAUGAUUCUGGUAGGGACGAUAACCAUUCACGUACUUUUUAAGAAUAAAUUGGGUUUUUGUCCGCCAUUGAAAACACGCAUCUCAUUAACCCAGCCAUUUCACCGACAGAUGUCAUCAAAAAAUUCCGAAAAAAUUUGUUUAUACACUCCACGAUAUACCUCAAGAUAUGUGAACAAAGUUCUGUAUAAUAAAAAUUUCUAUGAAAAAAAAAUUUCAAAAAAUCAGGCCAGAUUACGCUACUGACCCUUAAAUCUGGUAGGCCAAUAAGCCACGUAUACCACAGUUUUGGUCCUUUGCGAUACUAAAUCGAGAUCAGUUGCGGUCUCGCUAUCGAUACUUCCUCCAGUCUUGCCAAUGCGGGACAAUUGCUCAAGAGAUACUCCAUUGUUUCCCCGGUGUCCUGCUCUAGACAUUUUCUGUCUGCCCCAUCCUGCGGGCUUGUGUCGCCACCAGACAGAGACCAGCUAGUAUCCCAUAAAGUUCCUACACUCUUUUCUAUGAAGUGCUAAUAGGAAUUUGUGUACUUCCAAUCUACCGUCUGUAUGAUAUGUAAUAACUUUGACAGAAGCGAACUUGAGAUCAUGACAUUGUAAGCAGCGACAACCAUUGCCCAGUCUACACCUGCAAGGAGGAUACAGCGAAGAGGAAUUUUUGCCGACCAUGGUCGACAUCAACAUUUCCAAUUCUGAGACAAAAAGGGCUCUAUAGGGUUCUCUAAUGACUGUAACUUUAUGGGCGCCUUUAUUUUUGAAGAAAUAUGGACCUAGGAUUUCCUCUGCCCAUAGAGCACACCAAAAAAAGAAUAUUUGAGGAAGUAAUCUAUCAUUGAAAACCACAUGUCUGAAAAACACAUUCGUUAAUACUGAUUUGGGGCAAAUAAGAAAAUGGACCACUGAGAACCAGAACAUAUAUAAUUGAAUGCCUUCUAUGAUGACAGCAGUGGUUGAAUUUCCUUUUAUAAGCGCAACAAAAUAGCUAACCAUUUUUAUCAUAAUCAUAGUUCUAAGCUUUCCGGUUGUUCAAAGUGAUACUGCAAGACUUUCACGACGUUUAUUAGUGCACCAAGUAAUACCACACAGGAAUAUAAUGUAUACUAUGCCAAAGCCGCUUUAGCUCUCCAGUCAUUACUAAGAAAUUGUGAGCUUUGAAAUUUAUCGACACUUCAAACUUUAAUGCUCAUAUUAGGUAACCUUAAAUAGAGGUUAAAACUGUUAAAACUAGUUGGAUUUAUGAAAACACUAACCUCACUUUUUAUUUUUUACUUUGAGAACCUAAAGUCGCACCAACUGUUUUGAAUAUAUCUCUAGACAGAAUACAAUGAAGAUCUCUACGUCUUGUUUAACAAUUUCGAAAAAAUUUAGUGCCUGAUAACCGUGAAUAAAUUUUAAUUUCGGGAGAAGUGAAAACUUCAAAAUGUGCAUUGGGAUUGCAAUGCUACUCCAUAAACUUCUUCCGGUAUGGACUCCAUAAACUACGUUUAUAAUUAUUUUAUUAUUGAAAUAAUACCUUUUUUAACUCUGAUUGUUAUGGAGCAUAAUACCUUUCUUCUUAGGCUAAUUUAUUUUUCAAAUCAUUAUAUUUUCCUCAAAUUUCGCAUUCAUUUCAAAGUGUGACCGUUUGUAAAUAAUAUAUUUUUUGUGAUAUUUGACUUUAAUAAACGAAAAGUAAAGAUGGAUUAAUCGCAUUGUAAA